GUGUAAGGGCGCAGUACAACUUCAGCACAGACCAAAAUAGCUUGUUGCUCGACUGCUGAUAGAAUGGAAGCCGGCAUGGACAUUCUCCAUCACUCAGGCAUCCAAGCCACACACUACCUCCAAACAAGCUACCCGGGAACCCAGGAUUGGUUCCUCUUUGUUUCUUUUGCUGCUGACCUUCGAAACACGUUCUUUGUCCUCUUCCCCAUCUGGUUCCACCUUUGUGAAGCAGUGGGGAUCAAACUCAUCUGGGUGGCUGUGAUUGGUGACUGGUUGAACCUCGUCUUCAAGUGGAUCUUGUUUGGGCAGAGACCUUACUGGUGGGUACAUGAGACCAAUUUCUACCAUAACACCUCAGUCCCUGCAAUCCAGCAGUUCCCUGCUACUUGUGAAACCGGCCCAGGGAGUCCCUCUGGUCAUGCAAUGGGUUCAGCUGGUGUGUACUAUGUGAUGGUUAUGGCCAUUCUCUCCAUCAUCCUGGGGAACAAGCAGCCAUCAUGGAAACACCGCUCCUUGCAGGCAGUGCUGUGGGCCACAUUUGGGGCUGUCCAAGUCUGUGUCUGUCUCUCGCGUGUCUUCAUUGCUGCCCAUUUCCCCCACCAAGUCAUCACUGGUGUCUUCUCAGGCAUGUUGGUUGCUGAGUUUUUCCAGCGCAUACGCUCCAUCUAUGACCCCAGCCUGCGGAAGUAUGUGGGGACCACCCUUGCCCUCUUCUCUUUUGCCCUGGGUUUCUAUCUGCUGCUGAGGAUGCUGGGUGUGGACCUCCUGUGGACUUUGGAAAAGGCCAAGAGGUGGUGUGAAAAUCCAGAGUGGGUCCACCUGGACACCACGCCAUUUGCUGGCCUCCUGCGCAACUUGGGUGUCCUCUUUGGACUGGGACUGGCUCUCAAUUCCCCGAUGUACAUGGAAAGUUGCAAAGGGAAGCAAGAGAAGCAGCUGACCUUUCAACUGGGCUGCAUUAGUGCUUCCCUCCUCAUUCUGCACAUCUUUGACUCUUUCAAGCCUCCUGCCAAGGUGGAACUGCUCUUCUACGUGCUUUCUUUUUGUAAGAGUGCCGCUGUGCCCUUAGCAGCAGUUGCCCUCAUUCCCUAUUGCGUCUCCCAGCUGCUUACCCAACAGGACAAGAAAACUGUAUAGCUGUGAGGGCUAGAAUUGUUUUCUAUGAACUUAAGCUGGUGAAGAGCUACAAUGCAAGACCUCAGGGGCCAAAGGACUGUUCUUGGUGACCAUCUUAUCUAAGUAUUCCGGGCAGGCCUCAUGCCCCAGCUGGAUUCAGGGUGAAGUUAACCCAUCUGCCCCCCCCCCCAAUACCAGUCAGGGUUCAACUAACGCUGUCAAUAGGACACAAUUCCAGUGGUGCAGUUCGGUAAUUUUAGACUCCGGACUAAAUGGGGAGGAAGACUCUCUAGAUGGUGAUGUGUAUUACUUCACUUACUUUGAAAUGGGGUAAGCCAGCCCUGCUGCAUUUGGGGCCCCUCCUGCUAAUUCUGCUCAGUGGAGCCCUGGACGUCUGCCCUGAAGUCCUGUCCAGACACUACCGCUGCAUGAUUCUGCCUGGGCUCUUCAUCAUGCAUGAUAUGCCUCUGGAGAGGGACACCUGCACUUUUGUCCACUGCCAGGAAAAGCAGUUAUUCAGCUUGGUGCCCUCAGCUGAGAUAACAGGCACAUGGAUCUUCUCCACCAUAGCCUGCCUUGUGGUAGACGAGUCAAAGAGGAAACAGAGAAGAGAAGCCACUUAGCCAGUACCAGUGCACCCAUGACACCCACCAGCAUUGUUUACACCUCAAGAGAUAAUCUCCCUAGUGAAUUUGGCUAGUGGUGCGAAGUCAAGCUAUCGCCCUUGUAUGUGUUAUGGGGAUUUCUUAAUCACUGAAGGAUGAAUGUUAUGUUUUUGGUGGGAAAGGAGUAAAGAUGGUAAGCCCACCCCUGGACUACCAAAGACUAUAAAUGACUUUUGUAAAUGUCUGCAUGUCAUAUUUCUGUAUUUGUAUAUAGAUCAUUUUGUUAUUAAUAAAGCAUGCUUUGUUAGCAAAUGAUGGUCAGUUUUCUUUUGAAAAUAUUUUAAAAAUAAAAUAUUAAAUGUGGUUUUAAAAGUU